UUGCAGUUGACUCUCGCGCACAGAAGCGUUCGGAAGUGAAAUAUAUUUUAUUAAUAAUAUUACCCAACACAGUGCUACCAAACAGAAAUUGCAUACAAUUUGUGUCUUGCCAAAUAGCAAACGGAAUUUCGUGCUUUCGCAAUAGGUGUCUGCCUUAAAGUGCGCCAUAAACUAAAAGCCAAACCUAAACGUCGGCGGUGAGGAGAAAUAAAUAACGCCCACCGAAACGCAACACCACCUACUGGUCACCCGUGGCAAACGAGAAGGGGGCGGAGAGGCGAAAUCACGGAACAGCGAUAUACGGGCCAAAAAGAUAAAGCCGCCAGGACAGGGGAAAGUGGUAGAGGAAGCGACGUUGCCGCUCUUCACCGACCAAUCAGCCAAGAAGGCAGCAAUUAAGCGCGGUGUUAUCUGAACAGAUAGCGAUUAGAGGCGAGAAAAUAGACCCCAUUGAGUGGAAAAGCCCCAUUGCCGAGCCAAAGAGCGCGCUAGAGAGGCCGGAAAGGCGGGAGUCAGCCACGAACGAAUCCCCAUUUGCCGAGAGCGGGAGCACCCAGACGGGAGAGCCCCGAGCAGCGCCACAUCGUCACACUUCGAGCACCCCACUCAAGCACUCAACCUUAAACGCCGGGCACCAGUACACAUACCGCCUGUCAAAAUGUUUGCUGUAAUGCGAAUCGACAACGAUGACUGCCGGUCCGAUUUCCGCCGCAAGAUGCGUCCGAAGUGCGAGUUCAUUUGCAAGUACUGCCAGCGGCGAUUCACCAAGCCGUACAACCUGAUGAUCCACGAGCGCACCCACAAGUCCCCUGAGAUCACCUAUUCGUGCGAGGUGUGCGGCAAGUACUUUAAGCAGCGGGACAAUCUGCGCCAGCACAGAUGUAGUCAGUGUGUUUGGCGAUAAGCUUAAAUACCACAUAAACAUAUAUAUAAAUAUAUAUAAAACCACACACAGAGCAAUAUAUAAAGUAAAACCGAUAUCUAAGCACCGCAGCACCAACAACAGCACGCAAUAUCACAGCUAUAUCUUACACACAUAUAAUGAAUGAAUGGGAUCUGAUGAGGCAACUGCAACACACCCCGCCUACUUCUUCAUGCACCACUCUCUAAACAUAUAAAUACCUGCAACAGCAGCAACUGCAACAUUGCUUAAACCACUAGAUGCAAUCUACAGCCACGACAAGCGAUUAUAGUGAACGGAAUGCUACGUUCAGGUGUUGGUUUUCAAUCUAUUCGGUUAUCUGGUCUAUACAAUGCACUUGCCACGCCCCCAUCAACAGCAGACAAACACACAUAUGCAGAUGUUGCGCAGGCGCAGCACAACAGCAGCAGUUGCAGCAAUGGCAACGGUUGCAACAGUUGCAACGCACAUUGCAACAGCAGCCUCCAUAUUUUCAAUAAUAUUUCCAGAAAUCUUCACAUGGACACUUGUGGGCGUGGCUGCUUCGGAAAGUGAUGAAGGCGGCACCUUAAGGCAGCCUGCAACUUGCAACAUCUAAUAGCUGAGAACGUGCAACAUCCCCAAGUGCAGUGAAUAAUAUAAAGUGCAGCUCUUAAAGGUGCCAAAUCUGAAGAAAUCCACCGCUUUAUGCUUUUAGCUGCAGACUUAACAUCUCUACCUGCAAGUGUUAGCAUAACUUCCGAAAUUUGAGUUGCAACAUCUAGAAGAAGUCCAUUCAAUCCUACAAGCAUCCCACCCAUAUCAACACACCAGCAACAGCAGAAAUCAACAGAAGUCCCAGCAAAACUCAGCAAACAACUAACAACAACACAUGCAACACAACAGCAACAUGUUGCUGCUAGAUUUCUCAUAUGUGUUGCACGUGCUGCCAGCGAAAGUGCAAUUAAGCCACAGCUUCUUGGGCUUUUAAAAGUGCGGGCAACAACAGCAACACACAGAGCAGCACACCAGCAACAUGCAGCAUACAGCAUGCGACGCGGAUGCAAAAUGCAGCAUGCAACGUGCGACAACUAUCAGCUGCAAUUAUCUUGCCUUAAAACAUAUUACCGAUUUACACACAUACACACACACUCUCGCUUAUUUUAUGAAUAAUAAAAAUUAAUUACAAUUUAAUAAUAAUAUUUAAAAUGCAAAAAAUCAAAAACAAACACCGACACACUUACGUCAUAAGUAUUUGUACUUUAAAAUCGAAAGAAAAAACACGUUGAAAAUGUAUUACAUAAAAUUAAUAAUAAUUAAUAAUAAUAAUAAUAAAAACAAUUAUUAAAUAAAUAUUUACGAUAUGCGAUUGUUUUGUUUAAGUUUAAAUUUUAAAUAAAUAGAAUGAAAAGAAAAGCGAAAAUUUUGCGCAAAAUCAACAAAAAAUAAUGAGAAAAUUGUUUUUUGUUUUUGUUUCCUUCUUUUAAGUGCCCGGCAAUAAGAUUGUAAAUGUUUUCCCGCUAUUUAUAAUAGAAAUGAAUUACCUAAUAAUGAAUGGCAUCCUUUUUCCUGGAAAAUUUCUGUUUUAUUUGCCUCGAAUAAAUCAGCUAAAACGGUGUACCGCAACUUGUAAUUGAUCCUAGAGUUAAACGGCGAAGCAAUAAGUAAUUAAAUAAACAUAUUUAUACUAUU